AAGCUAAUAAUUAUAAACAAGUUUUGAAAUUUUAUUUUUAUUUAUAUAUAUAUAUUAUUAUUUUUAACGGCCUAUAAUCGGCACAUUUCACCGGUAUGUUCGUAAUUGUGCCUUUUCUGGAAGCGCCAGAACAGGUUCAAGGUGCUUCCGGCCAUUCCGCUCGCCUUUUCUGGGUCGUCCAUCUGGUUCUUUAAAACGUCCUGCGUUGGAUGAGCCUCCCGCUUUUUCCAGGGCGAUUUUUCAGUUUUCCCCUUUCUUAUCACUUCACGCUGGAAGAUUGAGGAAGUCUUUAAACGGAGUUGUUAGAAGAAACGAUAAACCAGGCUCAACGGGGAUCUUCUUUAUUAGGAGACCGACAAAUGCCAGGGAGGCAUGUGAUUUUGAUGGAGAGGCCUGUCAAACUUGAAAUCGGAAUGUCUGAAGAGAUAGUAGAGGUAGCGGACACAUCAGUAGAAUCAGUCUCAUUUCGUAGAAAAGGCAGGAAGAGGGCGAGAAAGCAGAAAAAGAAAAUUGAAGAAACAUCGUUCUUAAACGCUAAAGUGAUAGACGAUUCAGUGUUCGGGGAAGCGAGGAUCAUCGAUGAGAACAAACUUUUCGUCAUCGAUCAAACGGGUGUAAAUAAUGAACUAGAGGAUGAAAAUGUCAUUACAGUUUCUUCGACACCUUGUCCUAAGAAAAAGAGAAAAAAGAUGAAAAAAGAAGAAACAAUUGUCAUUGAUAGUUCAGAGUCUGAAGAUAGCUGUAUCGAGAUUAUAGAUGAGAAAGAGAACGAUUCUGUCGUCGAGCUUUCGGACAGUGAAGAGCUCGGAAUUUGCACCGGAGUCAUCAGGACUGUGAAGAGGAAAAAAUCAAGAAAGAAAAACUGGACGAAUAAUUACCAGAUGCUUGGAGCCAAUAACACGAGCGAUAAAGGAGCGGCUAUCGGCAGUAGCUACCUUCCAUCACCACUGAACAAACAGAAGUUGACUGGCCUCCGACCCAUAGUCAUUGACGGCAGUAAUGUGGCUUUCGGCCACGGUAGGGAUCAGUUUUCGAGCCUCGGACUCAAAAUUUGCGUUGACUAUUUCAAACAGCGCGGGCAUAUGGUGAAAGCAUUCAUCCCGCAGUUUCGUAGGCGGCAUUCUUCGACAAGGGACUCGCACCUGCUUGAUGAGAUGGAAAAGGAGGGCGUACUCGUGUACACGCCGAGUAGAUCAGUACACGGCCGCAUGGUGGUCUCUUACGACGAUAGGUUUAUUGUGGAAUAUGCUCAUAAACUCAAUGGAAUUAUAGUUACGCGAGAUAACUUUAGGGAUGUUCUCCAGGAAAAUCCUGAAUGGGAAUCAACCAUAGCAAACAGACUGCUAAUGUUCACAUGGGUUGACGACAUGCUUAUGUUCCCUCGAGAUCCAUUAGGUAGAGGUGGCCCAACACUCGAUAGGUUUUUGAAAUUCUAAUACAACGAGGUGGAGAGAAAAAUGAAGCAACUUAAACAGACACUCUUGAAAAUGAACUUUGUUUAACAGUUUAAGUGUAAUAAAUACAUUUUUUUUUUAAACAAUGUU